AGGCAUCUUCUUCAAACUCAGACGUAAAUUUCAAGUGGUAGCGCAUUCGCGAUUCAAACAUGGCAGCGGCUACUAGCGUUGUCGUACUCGACAGGGGAAAUAAUACAACUUGCACUAUUAAUUUACACGGCGCCACAGUUGUGUCCUGGAGGGUGAACAAUCAAGAACAGCUGUUUGUCAGUAAGCAAGCAGUAUUUGACGGGAAGAAGGCCAUUAGAGGUGGAAUUCCAUUUGUCUUUCCACAAUUUGGAGCAUGGACAUUUGGACCUGGUCAUGGAUUUGCACGUAUAAUGCGUUGGAAUGUUGAAAAAUCACCAGAAAGAUUACCAAGUGGUGAUGUUGAAGCAAUAUUUUCAAUAAUGGAUAAUGAAUUUACACGUUCAAUGUGGAAUUAUCCAUUUCGUUUAACAUAUAGAUUAAUAUUACGUGAAAAAGAAUUACAUUUUAAUAUUGGAGUUUAUAAUCCAAGCAAAGAACAUACAUUCAGUUUUAAUUUAUUAUUACACACGUACUUCAAGGUUCCAGAUGUCAGAAGGUGUCAGAUAACUGGUCUUCAUGGCUGCACAUUUAUUGACAAGACAAGAGAUAACCAGAUAUUUCAAGAAGGUCUUGAUGUUGUAACAGUACGUGAAUGGACUGAUAGAAUUUAUCAAAAUACACAACCAGAACAUAUUAUAACAAAUGUUGUAUCAGGUAGAAAAAUGCGUGUACAAAAAUAUAAUUUUCCUGAUACAGUUAUAUGGAAUCCUUGGCAGGAUAAAGCAAGAGAUAUACCUGAUUUUGGUGAUGAUGAAUUUCCAAAUAUGAUUUGUGUUGAAUCUGGACAUGUUAGUAGUCCAGUUAUACUUUUACCAGGUACAGCUUUUGAAGCUAGUCAAAUACUUCAGGUCAUGUGAGUAGAGGGUGGACUUGCAAAUUGCAAAACAACAAGCAACAAUACGUCAAUGAAUCAUAUGUUGCCAAUAACAACAAUACCAACACGUCCAAGAGCAAGUGUUGGUGUUGGAUGGCCAACAAAUCAUCCAUCAAGUUGGCUUUAUAUGCAAUCACCUAUGCAAUCAUCAUCACAACCACAAAAUCCACCACAUCAUCAUCAUCAUCAUCUUCAUCAUCAUCAUCAUCCUCGUGAACAAUCUCAUCAUCAUCAUCAUUCAAAUUGUAUUUCACCAUCAUGUUCUAUAUGCUCUUUAAAUCUUUGAAUUUCGAAUAUUAAUUUACAUCUUAUUCGAUGAUAAUAUUUUGAAUAAUAUUUUGUUCAAUUAUUUUUUUUCUUUUCAUAAAUGCAAUAAUACUAAUUUUAAAUACAUUCCUUUUUGUAUUUUUUGGGAUUAUUAUUUUAAUGAUCCCAAAAAAAAUUGUGAUUAUUAAAUUCUUUUUUCAAUGUUUCAUUUAUAUUUGUUGUCAGGCAAAGCAAUGGUGCUAUAUGACGUUUUAUAGUUGAUAAGAAAAAGUUCAUAAUAUUAAGCUGAAAAUUAUUUUAUAUUAUAGUUUUUUUUUUUUGUAUUAGAUAAUAGGACUAUCUCGUUAUUUUAUUCUUCACAAGUAACGUUAAAUUUGAUAUUAUUAAUCAUGGAUAAACAAGCAAUAAUUAUUCAAUUAAUAAAUGUUUUUUUUUUUUUAGUUUAAAAUAUUUUUAAAACCACAAACCUCAUACUGCAAUAAUUCAUCAACUGGUGCUCAAAUUAUAUUUGUUUUAUGUUUUUAUUUUUUAAAUUUUGAACUACAUUUUUGUGAUCCAUUGAUACGUCCAAUAAAUUGUUAGAAUUGUUAAGAAAGUUAAUGAUUCCAGUUUAAAUUAAUUGUAUACGAUUAGACAGC